CAGCAACGUCGUUGUCGUGGUCUAGUAUAGGGCUACGGUGCCUUGCGUCUAUCACCAAGGAAAUGCCCGUUUGUCCCACGGUCUAGGUGCAGCCACAUAUCGUCAAAUUUCACACUUGGACCAGUUUACUACUCUUCUGCCACGCCUCAACCACCAACCUCCAGCCAUCAACUUUUCCUUCCUCGACCCUACUACCUUACCAUUAUCUGCUCAGGCACUAGCGGGAUCGGAUGGAGAUGGACCUUCAAAAAACGAAGGAGGCCCGCCGGGAUACGCCGGGCAAGCAGGAGGAAAACGCCGACUGUCCGUUGGAAGCCUAUGGAGGAAGCGGCCAUACGAAGGAAUCCCCAAAGAACGAUUCGCUAGAUCAUCGCGAUACGAACGAGCGUCCUGAUCCCGCAGACGCGCGCCAACAACGGCACCCGGGCAGUUCUACUUACCGCGAAGAUGCUUCGCAGUCUCCGUCUGCAACAGCGCUCCUAGCGCCAGCCAAACCAUCAUCUUCGUCGUCGAAAACCCUUGACAUUCCGCCAGCGUUUGGGCUCCGUCCCGAGGAGCAUAGGCUGCUGUUGACCGCCAAGCGCUAUCCCCCGGUAACGAAAAGCACGCUGAGUGAGCUGGAUCUCCCAUGCAUCAUGAGCAACAUCAACCUGCGCAUGGAUGCGAACUUCGACCGGGACCUGCACUUCAAGCCCGAUCUCGACGGGGAGAAAGGGAGGCGGAAGCGGAAAGAGGCGGCGGAUUACUGGGAGGCCAUGGCCGUGGAGAUCUCGAUCUACGCGUUCUGCUCGUCGCCCGAAGCUGCCGGCCUGGCCGCGGAUGCGCGGACCGACCAGCGACAGGCCUUCGAGCCUCGACUCCCCGCCAUGUUCGACACCUUGCAGGAUGUGUUGAAGACGCUGGUGCCCGAACGCGAUCAUCCGGGGGUGGUGCAGAACCUCGAGGUGCCGCUACUCAUGCAGCAGAUCCAGAAGGGGGUGCUGGAUAUGGUCCGGGUGGCCGCCUGGCUGGCAGCGCUGCUCAAGACGCAUUGCGCCCCGAUGCGGGAUGAAUGGGCGGAUCGAAUGGUGGAGCAGAUCCGGUCCGGGUCGCAGUCGCAGAAUCCGAUGGAGAUUGUCGGCGGCCUCCAGACGUUGUUCGCGAUCCUGGAGGCCAUGAAAUUGGACGUUGCGAACCACCAGAUCCGCGCCUUUCGGGUGCUGCUGAUUGAGGACACUGUUCCGUUUCUGCAGGAGUAUUUCCGGGGCAAGAUUGAGAGGGAUAACUUCCGGGUCGACUCGUCGCGACUUUGGUAUCUGGAGACCCGGGAGCGGGAAUUGCGACAGAUGGAUAAGGCCGCACAGACGGACGGAUUCUGGCCGAUUUCGGUGCUGUUCCAGGGAGUGUCCGACUUGUUACUCCAGUUUCACACUCCGGACGCCUUUCCGGAAACCUUUGUGUUCGACUCGGACCGCUUGUGGCAGCUCCGGACCUGUCUUCAGAACCUGAUCAACCUGGACAUCUGCUGGUUCAUCUUCGAGUCCUACAUUCAUACGCAGAAACGGUACCUGUCGGCCCCCGCCCAGACAUACGCCACGUUCCGGUCACGCAUUGGAUCGUUGAUGGAAGAGAACGAGGACUGCCUGCGAGGGUCGGUGCAGUGGGUGCAGAACGUGCGGUGCAUCGGGCUGGAGAUCGCUCGGUUCGCGUGUGCCGCCUGCUGCAGCGAGGGCAGCACGGUCUCGGACGAGGUGAUCACGCAGAUCGAGAGCGCGCUGGAGUGGCACCUGUCGAACGAAUCGGGGCUGUUCCAGUACUUCCAGGCCUCGCUGCGCGAGAAGUUGCUGGCGGCGACGUUCGCGGCGGCGAAGAAGUACCUGAACAUGUCGCCGCUGGCGAUUUGCGAGUCGCAGCGCAAUUUCCCCCACACGGCGACCGCCAUGCUGGGUCAUCCCCAGCACUAUGACGUCGAGCGCAUCUCGAUGCGGCUGGCGCAUAUGGGGGUGCUACACUGGCGGGUGUGGGCGCCGAUUCUGUACGUUCGCGAGAGCGUGUCACCGACUGACGUGGCGAUUAUCCCGGCGAACGAGGGCUAUGACGUGGCACGUUCCGCGACACUAUGAUCACGCGGGCUGCCUCCAGAUGAAUUCUUUUCUAAAAUAUUUUUUUCUUGUUUGUGACACACGGGUGGAGUUGGGUCAGUUUCAUGCAGUUCUUCAGCGUGGAUUGCAUUGGUUUGUUUUGGUUCUGGCGUUUGACAGGGGUGAGACAGCGCAUAUAUAAUUUUGGUUCUCUUGGUUCUCUGAUGUGAGGCGAUGGCAGGGUGUUUGGUUCCAGGGUCGUUCCAGAAGGAAUUUAGAUAUGAUUGACUUGACUGGCAUCUUGCAUUUGGGCAUUUUCAACACCUACGGGGCAGUUACUCAAGCACCUACUAAUAAUGUCUUGACUUGACGGCUUGGAUGGUGGGCAUGCUGUCGAGGGUAAAAUACGC